AUGUCCGAUGAGGAAUCCUUCGCUCCAAUUCAAUACAUUCUCCACACCGACCGAUUUCGUCUGCUCAUUUUCGUAGAACGAAAGUCUGGAGUGGCAUUUGAGGAGUUUGAAAGGAGCUGGAAUGAGGUAUCUGGAGAGCUGGAUCUCCCGGGUUUGCAUUCGUUGGGUAUUGCACGGUAUGAGAAGAUGAUCGUAGAUCAAGACAAGAAAGCGGAAUUGCAAUCUAUGGGAGCGACAGUACUGAAUUACGACGGGAUCAUCUUAAUUGAGGCGGGUUCGUUGGAAGGUUUCCGCGAGUACAUCACCAAACGUUUCGUACCGGAAGAAGCUGAAACUCGGAUAUUAGAGCUCGAAAAUUCGAGAUACGCUAUCUGCCACGUCGCUCCAAUUAUCACCACGAAACCCGCUUCGAGAGAGAACGGGGGUAUGAGGUUGAUUGUACAUCUGAAGAGAAAGACGGGUACAACGUCGCAAGAGUUUUCGAAGCACUGGAUGAAGAAGCAUGCGGGUGUUGUUGCUGAUUUCCCGGGGGCUAGGGAUGUGAUAAGGUUGUAUGAUCAGAACCAUGUUAUUAAGGAACUUAGUCUGGGGGAACUUACGGUAAACAAGUCGACCACGAUUGGGAUGGAGAAAGAAUGGGAUGGCGUACCGUUCCUGGAUGCUGAGUCGCUUGAGAAUCUUUUUGUGCUCCUGGGGGAAGAAAAUUUUGCGCGAGUUCGACAAGCCGAUGAAGCCCGUUUCCUCGAUAUGAAGGGCUCUGCAUGUGCUCCUGUUCGCGUAGUGACGAAGCUGGAGCUAGGGAAUCGAUGAGCCUUGACACUGAUUUACUUGACCGAAGCUUGUUGGUAGUACGGUAACGUUCGAACUUGACCCGGUUGUGGUUUCUGUGGCACUGUUACUUAGUUAAUGUGCCUGGUCCGUGAGUUGCGACGACUAAACCGGGACUCAGAAUAAGGC